AUGGACUUUAGGGUUGCCUCCACAGUGGGAGUGCACCCGAAAGUGGUCGUUGAAUUUGGAGGGGAAGAAAGAUUGACUUUAGAAUCCCUCUGGAAUUCAGGUUAUCUUGCGGGGUAUGGGGAGAUAGGGCUCGAUAGAACCGUAUCCCCAUCUUAUUGGUUGGCCCAGGAGGAGUUGGUAAAGGACCUGUUGUCCCGUGUUCCUGCUAAGGGAGUUAUUGUUCUCCACGCCAGGGGCAUGGCCCAUGACUCUUUUAAUGAGGAACCUUGUAUGCGGCUGCUAGGUUUGUGCUCUGCCGCUGGGUUAAGUCACCAUAGGAGGAUCCAACUUCAUUGUUGGCAAGGGAGUCGACUUAUGGCUAUGAGUUGGCUUGACCGAUUCCCCAAUACUUACUUUAGUAUUAAUAAUGGGGUUCAACACUUUUCACAAGACCAGAGGGCUGGGUUGAAGUGCUUGCCGCCAAGCAGACUUCUGCUGGAGUCUGAUGGCCCGGCUUUUUCUCCACCAGGGUUUAGGGCAAAUGGCCCACAUCUUCUUGGGGUCACAGCAAGGCUGGUGGCCAGGGUUUUGGGGACAACCCCUGAAUGCCUUAUUGCUCGGACCACUUCAAAUGCCGAGGAAUUGUUCUUCGGGUCCGAGUGA